AUGGCCAAGUUUUGCAAUGAGAUCACUACUUUCAAGCAAAAUGGAAGUGAGACAAUCUAUUCAGCUUGUGGUAAGGAGGUUAAAAAGGAUAUCAAUAAGAGAAAGAGAGUGGUUAAUGAUGAUGAUAAUGGGGUAGAGAUUGAGGAAGUGGAUGUUAGAAGUAAAGAUGAUAAUGAGUGUGCAAAGAAAGGUAAUAAGGAAGAUGCCAUACCAUCAAUGAAUGAUGAACCAAUAGUAGAUGUUAAACCUCUUCCUUUUCCUCAAAGGUUCAUGAAGCAUAACUUGGAUAAACAGUUUGGUAAAUUCCUUGAUUAUCUCAGGGAAAUUACUAUCACUAUACCAUUUGUGGAUGCUAUUAGGGACAUGCCAGCUUGGGGUAAAUUUUUGAAGGAUAUUAUUAGUUAUAAGAGUAAGCUUGAAGAUUAUGGCUUAGUAUCUCUUAUUGAAGAAUCCAAGGCUAUGUACUCUAAGUCUCCACCAAAGCUUAAGGAUCCAGGUUCAUUUACAGUUCCUUGUGCAAUAGGAGGUACACAUUUUGAUAAAGCUUUAUGUGAUAUUGGUGCUAGUGUUAGUCUUAUGCCUUACUCUAUUUAG